AUGUUCCAGCGGAACUUGGAGGCCCUGGUGGUGCCUCGCUUAACGGCUUACCGUCCGUUCCUGGCGGACUUGCCAAUGCAGUGGUCGCAUCUCGCCGGGCUGCCCUUGGCUGAUGACCUUCAGGCCUCGGAUACAGUGUUGGCAGUCUUGGGGGCGGAGUUCUACGCUGCCGUCGUGUUGUCGGAGAUCCGCCGAGGUCCGGCCUUGGCGCCUGUUGCACAAGCCACGCGCCUUGGCUGGGUGCUCUUGGGUCUGACGGCACCGGACCAGGGCACCCAGAGUGUCCACUGCAGCACCGUGCGCUGCGUGGACGAAGCGCUCAACGCAGAAUUGAGGAGGUUUUGGGAGUUGGAGGAGGUGCCCAAGACUUCUCCACUCACGCCAGGCGAGGAGGAGUGCGAGCGACACUUCUCCGCUACUCACACACGACAACGGGACGGCCGGUACCUAGUCCGCUUGCCGCUCAAGCCUGACGCAGUGGUCGGAGAGUCAAAACCUGCGGCGCACGCGUCGCUGGCGAGACUGGAACGCCGGCUCCAGACCAGUCCCGAGCUCCGGAAGGCGUACCACGCCUUUCUUGACGACUAUGAGCGUCGCGGUCACAUGCGUCGCGUGAGCGAGAACAAGGAAGUCACUGGUCGCCCUGGCUUCUACAUGCCGCAUCACCCUGUGAUCGAGGGAUCAGGGUCGGCGCUGAAACUUCGGGUGGUCUUUAACGCAUCUCAGGGAACCGCUACCGGCCCUUCGCUGAACGCGGUUGUCCAUGUCGGCCCCAGACUCCAGCAGGACCUCGGAGGUGUGCUGCUUCGUUGGCGCAUGGAACGGAUAGUAUUCAUCGCGGACAUCGAGCAGAUGUACCGGCAGAUAAUAGUCCACUCUGAGCACCAGCCGCUGCAGCGCAUCCUUUGGCGCCCGUCUUCAACUAGGCCAGUGCAGGUCUACCAGCUGUGCACGGUUACUUACGGAACGGCCUGCGCUCCCUUUCUGGUGCUGCGCGUCCUGCAGCAGUUGGCCCGAGACAAGGGCACACGCUAUCCGCAAGCGGCGGAACUUCUGCGGCGUUCGACGUAUGUGGAUGACGUCCUGGCUGGCGCUGCCUCUGUCGAGGAGGCCCUCACCCUGCAGACGGAACUGAUUUCGCUCCUCCGGGCAGUCGGGUUUUCCUUGAAAAAGUGGGCCGCCAACACAGUGCUGGAGUCUGUGCCUAUGGACUGCCGUCUAUCACUGGUGCCCUUGCGGGACCAUGCGGAAUUGGGGACCCCUGUGUUAGGUGUCCAGUGGAUACCGGAGGAGGACGCGUUCGGGUACGGCUAA